AUCGCUAGAUCACCAUGAAAAUUGAAGCAGUUAGGCCCAAGGCAUACUUGGAUAUUUCUAUAGGAAGUAACAAGAUCGGAAGAAUAGUGGUUGAACUAUUCACUGACCUUGCUCCAAAUUCAUCAGAAAAUUUCUUUAACUUAGUCAAAGGCAUUGACAUUAAUGGAAAAUCCUAUACUUACCAAGGCAACACUUUUCAUCGAGUAAUUAAGAACUUUGUCAUACAAGCAGGUUUUCUCGACCAAGCCAAUAUAUCUACAAUAUACGGAGAAAACACAGAUAAGCCAAUCCCAGGAGAAAACCUUUCACAGCCAUUAGAUUCCCCUUUCUUAUUGUGCCUGGCCAAUAAUGGUGAUGUUAAUGCUAAUGGAUCACAAUUUUUCAUAACAACAUUCCCACAACCACAUCUCAGUGGUAAGCAUUCGGUCUUUGGAAAAGUCAUCCAUGGUAAAUCUGUAGUACGUGAAAUUGAACGUGCUAAAACAAACAAGGAGAAUGUCCCUGAACUUCCAAUCACGAUUGAUGAAUGUGGUGAGUGGAAUGAUGGUAUGGAAGUGCCUAUUUUCAAUGCAUGCUAUGACACAAUUGGUGGAGAUGUCUACGAAGAAUACCCUGAUGAUGAUGAAACUAUAGAUAAAGAGUCUUCUGAGUCAGUCUUCAAUGCAUCGGUCAAGAUUAAAGAAAGCGGGACCUUACUUUUCAAAGCUGGUGAAAAGUACAAGGCGUUCUUAAAGUAUAGAAAAUGUCUUCGAUAUGUUAUGGAAUAUAUUCCUGAUCAAGAUCAAGAACCUGAAUGGUUUGACAAGUAUCUGGACUUGAAAAAGAAAUUGUACUUGAAUUUAAGUUUAGUUUGUUUGCAGCUUAAGAAUUACACUAAAGCAAUUGAUUAUUCGAGCUAUUUGUUAGAUUUGAGUAACAUUACUAGUCAAGACAAAUCAAAGGCUCUCUUUAGACGAGGCUCUUGUUUGCUUGAAUUGAAAAAGUAUAAACAAGCAUUGGUGGACUUACAAGCGGCUCAAGAAAUCUUGCCUCAAGAUGCUGCUAUAACCAAAGCCGUUGAAAAAUAUGAAACUUUAAUAGAGCAAGAAAAGAAUAGAGAAAAGGCUAAAUAUGCAAAAUUCUUUUCGUAAAUAGAUCUAUACAUUUAUAUAAAGACUGUAUCAUUACUCGUGAGAAUGUUCGUUUUCUCUAGAAUCAUUAGAUGGUUCAUUAUCUCUAUUGCUAGAUUCAUCCAGUUCAUUUUCUCUCGACUCAUUACUAUUCAGAUCAUCACGAGGGAUAGGAGAAUCAUCAAACAAGCUUCUUAACUCCAUACCAUCAACAAUGUCGUCAUCAGUCAGUCUAGUUUCAAUCCCAUUGGCAGUUCUUCUACUAGUCAUUCCAGUGGGGAAUAAUGGUUCCGAAGGUGGGGUUCGAAGUGUUCUUUGUCUAGUUAAAUAUUCAAUCACAUGAUUUAAUGGAUCAUUCGCGGAUACUGGUUCAGUAGACUCUCUCCAUCCACCUCCAGCACUUCUUAGUAAUCUUCGAAUUGGUGGAUGGCUAGUUGUUCUAGGCAGAAGUGUUGGUGCAGGAGGUGUUGAUGCUGGACGUGUUGCUGGCACUGGUGAAGGUAGACGCACUGGUUGUUCUGGGGCCGUUUCUUGUUCUGUUGAUGGUGUAUUUGAAAUAUUAUUUUGAACAGUUACAUUAGUAGGACUAGUAACGGGACUGUUUUCGCCUGGAAGGGUAAAUAUGGUAAAAUUUCUAGCUUCUUGAGUUUGUGGAGGUACUGGACGAGUUUGUUCGGUUUCUUCGACUUUGUACCUACAUAAUGGACAAGUAGUAUGUUCCUUUAACCAUUCACAUAAACAAUCCUUGCCGAAAAUAUGUCCACAGGGCAUCUUGAUAGGAAUAUGGUUGAAUUUCUCAGUCAAUUCAGCAAGGAAAACUGGUUGGUUAUUAUUAUUAUUAUUAUUAUUAUUAUUCUCAGUAUCUGCUGUGUCCGACCUCAGAUUUGUUGAACUUGCAGUAGUAAAUGUUGACAGAUCGUGUAAUCUUCUCUUUUUGUGAGAUAUCGUUUCAUCUUCGUUAUCUUCCUCCGUGUCAACAUGCAAUGCUUCAUAUACUUCAAAACAAAUCGAACAUAUAUUACUUUCAUCUAGUUCCUGUAAUUUUAUACCCGGGAAACUUGAAAAUGUCUUUAAUGUAAUACCCUUCUGGUUGUGAACUCCAUUCAAAAUUGAAGUAUAUGCUAAUUGUGUGGCCAAUCUAAUAAACUCUUGUAUGACACGCGGAUCACGAUUUGACGCGUUGUUGGGUAAUGACAUGACGAGAGAACCGGCUCUGUUAGGAUUAUUGGGUUGAUUUUCAUCGGAAAAUACGUAAUUUACCGUGAUUACAAUAGCACGAUUUGGAUCAUCGGCAUCGGUAGUGUCAUUAUUAGUGGGUGGGGUAUCUGCAUUAUUAUUAUUAUUAUUAGGGUUGCUAUUAGCAGCAGGAGGUACCUCGGGUGGAGAGGAAUUGUUUGGUUGGUCAGUAGAUGCGGUUUGUCUUUCAUUUUCCUCUUGCUCUCUUCGUAUAUUCUCAUUGGUGAGUUCUUCUGAUAUAUCAUUUGAAAUCCGUGACGGUGGUGUAGAUCUAGGCGGACUAGCUUGUGUCCAAGUAACAUAAUGUGAGUUAUUUCUUCUUGGUCCUAAAAGGACGUCAAUAAACCGUUCAAAUAUUCCCAUAUCUACUCUAUGACUUCUAUUAGGGUUUGUGGUGGUGUUGGUGGUGUUGGUGGUAGUGUUGUUACUGUCAUUGUUACCAGUGUUGUUAUUGGUGCUUGUAUUGGUAUUGUUGUCAGGGUCAUCCCUGGAUUCAUUUAUAUCUCUAUUAUUGUCCAUAUUGUAUCUAUAAAGUAGGAAUCAAUGCUUAAAAAAGAAUAAAUAAUUAAUACUGUGGGU